AUGCCGCAAUACUUAGAACCUGCUGAAAAUAGAAAAGUCAGGAACAUUAGCUUGGAUGUUAAAAGAGAAGUCUAUUCGAAGAGUGAUGUUGCUAGAACAAUUGAUGUUGUAAAUUGUUAUCAAAAUGAUAAAAUGUAUGAAAUAAAUGAUGAAGAACCGGAAUACUCAUCUGAUCUGAAAGAUGAAAGGGUCCAAGAAAGUAGAUUUGUUGGUGAACUUAAUAAUGAAGCCAGUGAAGAGAAAGAAAUGGUAUUAAUAGAAGCUCCAUUGGGUGUAGUAACAAAAAUAAAUAUGAUGAUAAAAUGCCUUGUAGAAACAUUGAGAAAAUAUAAAAUUUGA